AUGGAGAAGUCAUGUCUCUCCAAUCCCGUUGACCUCUUGAACUUUUACAUUUACGACUAUUUCGUAAAAAAUAAGUUCGAAGGCGCUGCCAAAGCCUUUCUGGACGAGGCAAAGGUGCAACUUCAAAAUGGGCAGGAUAACGGGGUAAAAAAGCCGGAAACUUUAGAGGAUUCUUUGCAAAUUUCGAAGGUGGAAGCCAAGCACAAUCCCACCGAUAGUUACCCGAAUGAAACGAAUGCGGGAAAUUCUGUAAAUGCAAAUACAGACAAUAUUUCUGUUUCUCGACGGCCGAUUGAUAUUCCAGGAGGCUUUCUAAUAGAAUGGUGGGAUUUCUUUUGGGACGUGUUUAGUUCUCGAGUGAGUCCGACAACGUCUGCUGGUUUGGCUUCAAUGGCUGCUUCCCAACAACGACAAGCAGUAUGGACCAGAAACCAGCAGGCUGCUGUUCCGCAGUUUGCGCCCACUGCUCCUCCUCAAUCACAGCUUGCUCGCUCUCAAUUACCGGACUCUGUAGACGCAUCUAAUGCAAUGAACAGGGUCCAAGCAAACAAGCAGGCGCCAGUUCGCCAGGAAACCGGUAAUGCGGCUUAUGAGGCGGCGGCAAAGGGAAUGCAAGAGCGUAAACCGGCGACUGCUGUACCUUCUGAUCGGCCCGUUAUGUAUCAACAACAGCAAAACCAGUCUCCGUCUUCACAAACUAUCCCUCCUUCGAUCUCAUCUAAUUCCACGGGCCUCAAUCCUGAAACACAUCCCCAUCCGUACUCCGCAACCAUAUCGGUCCCUGGCCAGCAAGCCUCUGUUUUCCCGCCAACACCUGCCCAAAUUCAGCAAAUGCGACUUAAUCAGCACUAUCUUCAGCAACAGCAACAACAGCAACAACUUCGUCAGAUGCGUCAGCAUCCGCAAUUACAACAACGGUACUACCAUUUACAGCCGCAAAUGGCGGCUUAUCCUCGUGUAGGUCAACCGAAUCCCUAUUCCAACCCAGCCCUUAUAAAUAACACACCCGCCGAACACGGACAUAUGCCUGUAUCUGCGAAGGUUCCUAUUCAACCAAUGAACGCCAUUCCCAAUGAACUUCAGAGACAGCAGCUCGCACAAAAGGCUGUGUCUGCGCAAAAAAUGCCCCGCCAAAUGGGACCUCAUCCGACCAUGCCUGUGUCUGAUCAACUACCCAACCGUGCAAUGCCUUCUACUAAUCCAGCCAUGGCCGGAAUGAAUGAAGCAGCUGCCGUUCCAGCAGCUGGAACACAGCCGAAUGUUCGCCCUCAGGGUGCUCCUAUUAGUGAUGUUGAAAAGGUAUCAGUUAAAUCCCAGUUUUCCUCGGGAACUAUUUCUACAGCUCAGCUACCCGCCAACUCAGCGUCGUUCAAUGCAUCUAACUAUGCAAAUCAGAUUCGGAAAGCGCAACAGAUUCUCUUGCGUGCAGGAAUAAAUCCUAUUGGUCUAACUCCGCAGCAAUUGCUUAAUUUCUACCACCAUUGGAUGUCCAUGAAUGCUCAACGUGGUCAACCUCCCUCACAUGCUGGUGGACGGAUGCCCAUGCCACAAGAUGCCUCGCAAAAUCCAAUGCUCAUGAAUAUGUACGGAAAUGGCAACGUGUUCCCCGAGAAUAUGCCGCAACAGGUUCCUGGAAAUCCUGCGCUGAACGAUUAUCAUAUGCAAUUACUCGCCCUUGAAGAACAGAGCAAGAGAAGACUAAUGAUGGCACGACAGGAACAAGAGCGAACAACAUCACCACAGGACGCUGUGAAUGACAAUUUUGCGAAUGGCCCGAAAGCAAGGGUUUCUGCAUCUCCAAAGCCACCCUUGCAAAAACGCCCUGGCGCCGAUCAGGUUCCUCAAAAUAAGCAACCCCUGGCUCAGCAGCAGCAGCAACAAAUGGCUGCUAUGGCCCAAAAAAAAUUCGUCCCCAAUCAACCAGAGAAAGGUAACCUAAAUGGACAACCUUAUCCGAAUAUGCAACAAAACAUGGCUCGCGGGUAUGGACAGGCACCUUAUGCCAAUGGCACAUUUCCUGACUUUGCGAAUCCAUACGCAAAUAAUGCGAUGACGCCUGAAGUCUUAAAUCAAGCUGCCAUGCGUGGAAUGAUUCCAGGCGCCCAAAAUAACUGGGCCGCUGCUCAACAUAUGCGGACACAACAAUACCAAGCACGAAAGGCAUCUGCUUCUCCAAUCCAACGACCGCAGAUGAGUCCGAAUAUGCAUAUGAAAGGCGCAACACAGUCUCCAGCUUCGGUCACAGCACCUUCACCACAACUGAGGUCGACAAUGCAAUCGUCGCCAGCGAACGGCAUGACUAACACGACAAAUGGUGUUGCUCCAAACAACAUCAAUCGGAUUUCGUCAGACAUGCCUUCGGCCACCAACUUCCCCACUGCACCCUUGCCUCAAGAUGUUACUAAUUCAGAGGCGACAGCAUCUUUAGGUGCCAAUGAUUUGAAUAAUGUGACGACGGGUACCAUGAAUGCAGGCGAUAUGAAUCUACGCAUGUCAAAAUCCGGAAUGCCGGUGUCCGAUCCAUCUUCCGUCACUGCAGCGAAAUCCGCUGUCGCCGGAUAUGGCAACAAUAAUCCGAAUGCCAUGUCUGGUCUUGCUCAAGGCAAUGGUUCGAAAAUGAUGAAUCAAGAUAAUAACCUCUUCGGCUUCACUUCCAAGAAUGAUUCUGAUCUGAGUAUGAUGAAUGAUUUUGACUUUGACAGCUUCCUUAAUGAUACUGCUACUGAUGGAGCACAGCUAUACUUACAGGACGCCAUGGGCAAUCAUGAUGGUCUAGCCGGUAACGACAAAUCGGUAAUGGGUUUGUCGGACUCUGGGUUGGAAGCAGCCAAGUAA